GUCCUUAUGACUGACGGCUUAAAAUUGGCAACGUCGCGGAACCCGUUUUGUGACCUCCAUCGAAAUCCCGCUCAAACAACAAAGGAAUGUCGCUGGACGCGCCAACGACCGAUACACCCACGCCUCUACCCCGCACUCUGCCACCGUCUCAAAUGCACGAACAUCGUGAUAUUCUAUGGUUCACCGCUGCAAGCGUCCCAAUCGAACAACUGUAACCUUUGCCGAAACACUCGUCGCCGGUCGCCCUGCGUAAUUGUCUUUCUCUGUUCUUCGUUCGUCUUGUGUUGUUGUACGUCCGUUCAGCCACCCACACUUUGUUUGUUACCACGGGUCCGCCGGUCUGGCUGUUCUUGCAUAUUUGUCGGUAUCGUUUUUUGUGUACACUCUACGUUGCGCUUUUGAUUUUGUUUCGUCUGCAACCACAUCGUUCAAAGUGCCGAGCGCGCUCCUCGUUUUUUGAAGGGCGCCGGGUACGUCGCGUGUUGUCCAUUAACCUACCGUUGCGUUGUCGUUACCGGUAGGAUAUCCUGUGAGCAGUGUGCGGUUGGAAAUCGUAAUCAGCUACAGUAAGACCAGCGCAGACCGUAUUCUUUUUCUUCGUCGUACAGGCUUCUAUAAAAUAUAUAAAAGUCUGUGCUUCGUUGUAAUCAGAGCAACAGGUUCGGCGGCGGGAGUGGUGAUGAACGUGAAUCCAUAGGAAGGCUGCACAAACAUUUUUUACAUCUAUGGCGCCUGUUACCAGGAGAAGUAAUAGAGUAUUAUCUAAGCCAACAGUUUGUCAACCCAUAAUCAAAAAUGUAAUGAUAGAGCUGAAUGUUAGUCAUAAUAAAGCAUGUAUGUUGUGUGGUCAAAAAGAAAUUAGUGAAAAGUUAUAUGGCCUGCUCUAUCAGUUCAAUGAUGUUAUUGUUCAUUAUUUUUGUAUUCUAUUAUCGUCAAGGGCCGUUCAAAAUGGGCAAGACAAUGAAGGGAUCUGGGGAUUUUUAUUGAAAGAUAUUAAAGCUGUAUUGAUUACAGGAUCCAAAGAAAUUUGCUAUUACUGCAAUAAAAAGGGUGCAACUUUAUCAUGUUGUGGAGUAAAUUGUAAAAGAAUUUUCCAUCUUCCGUGUGGACUGAAAAACAAAUCGAUGCAUCAGUUUUUUCAGUCAUUCAAAUCAUUUUGCCAAGAGCAUCGGAUACCGCAAAUUAUAAAGUCAUCAAAAUACAAGUUACAAAAUUCUACUCCUACUCAAUGUGCAAUUUGUAAAAAUAAUGUGAAGUCAUCUCCUUCGCCGACUACAAUUUGGGCACCCUGCUGCAAAAGUAAUGGCUGGUUUCACAGAGAAUGUAUCCAAGAUCUAGCAUUAAGUGCCGGCUACUUUUUUAAAUGUCCUCUAUGUAAUAAUGUUGAAAAAUUCAAGUCUACGAUGCUCACUCUUGGAAUAUACAUACCAUCACGGGACGCCUCUUGGGAAACUGUACCCAAUGCGUAUGCUGAACUCUCAGAAAGGCAUAGUAUCUGCAAUAUUGAAACCUGUCUAUGUCCCCAUGAAGAAACUAGAAAAUUUCAACUCGAAUCCGGCUCAUGGGAAAUUAUUCUGUGCUAUUCAUGUGGAUCAAAUGGAACACAUAGGCUGUGCAGUUCUAUUAAAGGUGACCAAGAGUGGUAUUGUGCAGUUUGCCAAGGAGUUGCAGAUAAGGAUGCAACUAAGAAGAAGAAAACACAAUUAGCAUUACUUGAUAAUGGGAAUCUUAGGGAUAGUUCUGUUGUGCUUGAAGUUCCGUCUCACAAUAGAGAAGUAUCUCAAAGACAAAAUAGUAGAAUAAUGCAUAACGUAGAUCGACCACAAUCAUCAGAUGAGCCAAUCGUUAUAUCAGAUGAGUCAAUCCUUUUAUCAGAUGAGUCAAUCCUUAUAUCAGAUGAGUCUAUCCUUAUAUCAGAUGACAGUAAUGAUAGUGUACAGUCUAUAUCUGACGAUGAACCUUCAAGUGCAAUUGAUGUUGCUCCACCAAAUACACAAACACAAGUUGAACAAACUCCUCAAAUCCAGUUGCCAAUAAUCUCUAGUUACGGAUCAAUUAGAACAGGUGUUAUUAGAAAUCUUGUCGGCAGUGGAUAUAAUUAUCUUGCCAACAUGGGUAUUGAUUUAACUUCAGAUAAUGACAAUGAUGAUUAAAUAUUAUAUAAUGUUCAGGUUGUAUACAUGACUCUUACUGUGUAGUAAGUUAUACGGUUUAAGACAAGAUAGUUUUAUUUUCUGUCGUGUAUAUUAUAAUAUAAGUUACUUAGCAAUUUAGAUCUGCUAUCUCAUUUAGAUAUAAUUGUUUUCAAUUUUAAAUACAUAUUGUAGUUAAUUACUUAUUGAGUUAAGCAAAAACUGUAAAUCACUAUCACAACUACUCAAAUAUUACUGAGAUGAUA